ACACAUUAAGUGUUAAAUUUACAUUUAGUUGAUGUUAAAAAGGUCUGGCAACAUGAUUUCUGUUUGUUUUGACAUGAGCUAUUGUGAAUUUUACAGGGUAUGUGGUUAGAGAACAUAAAAGUACCGUAAUAUUUUAUUUGCGUGCGCGUUCUUCGUCAUUCGGUUGCAUUUUUAUUUGGUGUAUUAUUUGUGAAAGAUUAUUAAAAAAAGCUAUUUAAAUAUUAAGAAGAAUGGGUACAGAAAAUGUCUUUGGGGAAUCGGCGGGCAUAUAUUUCGUUGUUGAUGGUGAUUUAACCAUGGGGAAUGAAGUUGAGACUUCACUGCAGCAAAGCCAAGCCACUGAAGCUUCACGUGAAAAAGAAAAUUUGAAAGACGUCGUAUGUGGUAAAAUGAACUUCAGUGAAGAAGUUUAUCAAAGAAUUCUCGGUAAGUUCUUUGAGAAUCUGCGAGGAACCAUAUGCAUAUUUAUGUUAUUGACAGAUUGCGGAAUGGAUGUAGAAAGUCUGUAUUUCAUCAACGAUGGGGACAUAAAUGAACUUUUCCCUGCAUCAAUGCUCGGAACGAGAGUAAAGUUUAAAGAAAGAGUUGCACGUUGGCGACAGAAUGAAGCUGAUACCAUUUCGUCAAUAGGAUCAUGCAAGAGUUGGAUAAAUUCUAGCCAAGAGUCUCACGACUCGAUAAGAGACAUGGAAGCAAAGAAUUUAAAGUUAAUACUUAAUGCCACUGAAAGAGGUCAAAGCAUCUUUAAACAAUAUAGAGAAAAGACCGUGCUGUCAGAUGUUAGUCGUGACAUUUUGGUAAAUACCAUUGUUGACCACUUCUCAGCGCGAUCAGUGCCUAUGACAAUGAAAGAUAUCAUCACCUUUUCUGAGCAAAUAACAAUUUUAUUUCCCAACGAAGACAUGCGCUAUUACUGCAACCGUCGAAAUGGCGAAAAUCCAACAGGCAAACUUUAUGAUAAGGCAACAAACAUCCGAAGGAAAAUAAAAAAAGAAACAGGAGCACUAAGCGUUGCACCUAAAUGUCAACCCACUCAAUCAAACCAGUCGGCAAGCCAAGUGCAGUACUUUACGAAUGAGCAUGAUAGUACUGAAGAAGAUAAUAGCAGUACCGAUUGGAACAAUGUAGAAGAGUGCGCCCCCAUAAAACGCAAGUAUGAAUCAACAAAAUCCGCAGCUAAGUUGGUAUCAAAAGUGUGUGCGUCAACAAGCAAAGUGUCAAAAGUUCUUCAAAACUUAGCUGAAGACAAAAUUAAGGUGCCCACACCAUCGUAA